AAACCCUAAAGAUGCAGAAGAAGAGAAGCCUCGUGGUUUAAAUCGGACGCUCAUUUGUUGCAUAAAACAUCGAAACACGAUUGAUUGAUUGAUUAUGCGCAUCCCACUUAAUAUCUAAGCGCUGUCGUUUCAAUUCUCCAAUGGCGUCAAGAGCGAUUUUCAGAAGGAGCAGAUUGGUCAAGGACUACGUCACCGCCUCCUCCCGCACAGCCCAGUGCCUCUCCCAUUCCCACAACCACAAUUCCGAUGACCACAAUCGCUUCUCGAUUUCCCACUACGAUUUCCGGCGAUUUAAUUUCCACUCCCAGCCCCCAAUAUGGAUUGCUCACUCCGUUCGUUCCGUCACCACCGCCACCGCCCCGUCGGAGGAUGACGAAAACCGUGCCCGAGUCGGCGAGAAGAGAAAGACAGCCUCUCCCGAGGACUGCGAUCAGGCUGUGCAGGGCCUCAGCACCACCGCCAAGGCCGCCAAGGCCAAGAAGCUUCAGGAGUCUCACAAGGCUUCCAAAUUGUUGAAGAAAGUCUGGGCCACAUUUUUGGGGAUCGGUCCCGCUCUCAGGGCUGUGGCUUCCAUGAGCAGGGAGGACUGGGCCAAUAAGAUGACUCACUGGAAGAAGGAGAUUGUGUCGACAUUGCAGCAUUACUGGUUGGGUUUUAAGCUACUGGGAGCUGAUGUCAGGAUAUGCUCCAGACUGCUGCUCAAGCUCGCCGGUGGCAAGACUCUGUCGAGGAGGGAGAGGCAACAGCUCACCCGUACAACGGCUGAUAUUUUCAGGCUGGUUCCAUUUGCGGUGUUUAUUAUUGUCCCCUUCAUGGAAUUCUUGCUGCCUGUCUUCCUCAAGUUGUUUCCCAACAUGUUGCCUUCGACCUUUCAAGACAAAUUGAAAGAAGAGGAAGCAAUGAAAAGGAAGCUAAAGGCCAGAAUAGAAUAUGCUAAGUUUCUUCAAGACACAGCCAAAGAAAUGGCAAAGGAAGUUCAAAACUCAAGGAGUGGAGAAAUUAAACAAACAGCAGAAGAUCUUGAUGAGUUUCUAAACAGGCUGAGGACGGGUGCAGGGGUCUCUAAUGAUGAGAUUUUGAGGUUUGCCAAGUUGUUUAAUGAUGAACUUACCCUUGAUAACAUCAGCAGGCCCCGACUAGUCAAUAUGUGCAAGUAUAUGGGAAUAAGCCCUUACGGAACAGAUGCAUAUUUGAGAUAUAUGCUCCGGAAAAGACUCAGUCGGAUUAAAGCUGAUGAUAAGUUAAUUCAAUCGGAGGGUGUUGAGUCACUUUCAGAAGCUGAGCUUCGUGAGGAAUGCAGGGAGCGGGGUAUGCUUGGAUUGCGUUCUGUGGAAGAAAUGCGUCAACAGCUUCGUGAUUGGUUGGAUUUGUCUCUUAAUCACUCCAUGCCAUCCUCACUUUUGAUCCUCUCCAGGGCCUUCUAUGUGUCUGGGAAAUUGAAGCCAGAGGAAGCUGUUCGUGCUACGCUCACUUCUAUGCCAGAUGAAGUGGUGGAUACAAUUAAUGUUACAUCAUUGCCAUCUGAGGAUUCUGUUUCUGAAAGGAGGAGGAAAUUGGAGUUCUUAGAGAUGCAGGAAGAAAUGAUCAAGGAGGAGGAAGAGCGGGAGGAAGAAGAGCAACGCAGAAUUAGGGAAUCUAAAGCUAGUCAGGAAGAUGUGGCAUUGAAAGAGAUGACUAUUCCAACAACAAGAGAAGCACAAGAACAAGCCAGAGAAAGGACACUGGAAAAACAAGAGCAGCUCUGUGAACUAAGUCGUGCUUUGGCUGUUUUAGCUUCUGCUUCUUCAGUGAGUACAGAGCGUGAAGAAUUCCUGAGGCUCGUAAGCAAGGAGAUUGAACUUUACAAUAGCAUUGUGGAGAAGGAUGGUACAUAUGGUGAAAAGGAUGCCUUCAAGGCAUAUAGAGCUGCUCGAGAUGAAAUUGAUACUGCUGGUGUUGAAGAUGAAGCUGAUCAUGUUUCAUCAGCACUCAUAGAUAAGGUUGAUUCAAUGCUUCAAAAUCUGGAAAAGGAAAUAGAUGAUGUGGAUGCACAAAUUGGUGAUCGAUACCAACUGCUCGACAGGGAUUUUGAUGGGAAAGUAACUGCUGAGGAGGUCGCAGCUGCUGCAAACUAUCUGAAGAAUACUUUAGGCAAGGAGGGUGUCCAAGAACUUAUAGGCAAUCUCUCGAAAGACAGAGAUGGUAAAAUUCUUGUGGAAGACAUUGUCAAGUUGGGAAGUCGGACUGAAGAUGCAAAUAAUGCUGAUGAAGCUGAGCGAAUAUAGAUGGUAGCAUGGUCACUUUUUAUGACUUGUUUCUGUCAUGGCAGCAGCGAAUAUGGUUGCUAUAUACACAAGUGUUUUUGACUUUUCUAAAAAUAUCCAAAAAAAAAACAGAGACAAUGCUAGUUAGUUAGAGCUAUAAUAUCAGAAUCAGUGCAGAUGUAUAAAAGUACAAAUGCUUAUUGCGGUCUCUCUUUGUUCG